CUCAUACCCUAACUCAUAGAUCAUUACAGUUACGCAUUUGGGAGCUGUAGCACGAAAUUGAUGAGUUAGCAAACCACAACUUAAUCUCCCAAAACCCACUAAGUUCCCAGAUCCUCAUAUUUUUUAGUUAUGGAUAUAUACAAAAUUGGUGGGUUUUACCCAUGAAAUUGGCAGGUUCCCAAAACCCACCGAUUUGGGUAUGUCGUGGUUUAAGUCCAAUAUUCAGUGGGACCUUAGGAGAUCGCCACAUAUUGGAGUCUUUAAGAGUUCAAAGAGCAGAUGUACAUAAGCAUAACAAACAAUUUAUAGGUCUGGAAGCAAUUGGCUUGGUUUGGAGAACAAAUUCAAGGCGAUUUUCUAGAUUGCCUAGAAAUAUCUUUUUAGGUUCAUUGGACAAAAUAAUGCAAAAUUAGCGAUAAAAAGUAUAAUAUAAUAUUUUUAAAUAGCUCAUCCUAUGAAAAGUUUACGCCAUUCCAACAUUUCUUUAUCCACUUUGACUUAUUGAAGCAUUUGAAACUCGGAAAAUUUGAAUUGUAAACCUCAAAUAUUAUAGUUUCCCCUUAAACAUUGUUUUACUUAAUAUAUGAUACUAAUAUUGUCACAUGAGGACCACAUGAGUGCAAUAUUUUUGUUGAAUCCACCUAUAAAAGGUUUGGUAAAUUGUAGAUCGACUUGCAAUAGUUAGGAACUUGACUAACCCAUAAAAAGUUCAUGGAUUCAUAUGGCAAAAAAAUAGUUUACGGACCAUUUUUACCUUUGAGUUUUUAUUAGGAUAUUAUUUUUUUUAUGGUUGGAUGAAGUUUGGAAUCAAGAUAGGUCUCCGGCCUAGCCUUUCCCCCAUCCAUUAGUAAAAACCCAAUGACCCUUCAAAAUCAUCUUCAAAUCCAUCAGUUGGGCAUUUGUGUCCCCUCUUGAGGAAUAAAUUAUAUGAUUUCUUCUCAUUUCAAUCAACAUACAAACUAUGAUUGACGCCCUUUCUCAUUCCCACAUCCCCAUUUCUCCUCUUUUCUUGCCCCAUUUUUCCAUUUACCAUUUUUCUUCAUUCGUUGAUCCCGUUAUUGUCUCCUAAAUCCCAACCCCAUUUCUGAUAUGUUUUUCCAAAAUUUUGUUCUUUAGAAUUAUAUCAUAUCAAUAUCGAAUCACAUAUAUUAUUCUUGUUUGAAAUUUCAUCGACUUGUGGUGAUUUGGCUCGCGUAUAGAGACCUCGCGCCCAGAGGAUGCCACAGGAAUCGUCCUCUGAGCAAGACCUUGACGAUUCUGAUGCCGAUUUCGUGGAAAUUGAUCCCACCGGUCGCUAUGGUCGGUACAAAGAGAUUCUAGGAAAAGGUGCUUUCAAAAAAGUAUAUAGAGCAUUUGAUGAAUUGGAAGGGAUAGAGGUAGCUUGGAAUCAAGUGAAGGUGGCAGAUCUUUUGCGUAACUCUGUGGAUUUGGAGCGCUUAUAUUCCGAAGUUCAUUUGCUCAAGACAUUGAAGCAUAAGAACAUCAUCAAGUUUUACAAUUCGUGGGUCGAUACCAAAAGCGAGAACAUCAACUUCAUCACUGAGAUUUUCACUUCUGGAACUUUACGACAGUAUCGCAAGAAACACAAACAUGUGGAUGUAAGAGCAUUGAAGAAAUGGUCCAGACAGAUUUUAGAAGGACUUUUAUAUCUUCACAGUCACGACCCACCAGUUAUUCAUAGGGAUUUGAAAUGUGACAACAUAUUUGUUAAUGGGAACCAAGGUGAAGUGAAGAUAGGAGACUUGGGUUUGGCUGCUAUUCUUCAGCAGGCUCGUGCUGCUCAUAGUGUUAUUGGUACCCCUGAGUUCAUGGCGCCUGAACUUUAUGAGGAGGAAUACAAUGAGCUUGUCGAUAUCUAUGCAUUUGGCAUGUGCUUGUUGGAGCUAGUUACCUUUGAGUAUCCAUACGUCGAAUGCUCAAAUGCCGCUCAAAUAUAUAAGAAAGUGACAUCGGGUAUUAAACCAGCAUCAUUGGCAAAGGUAAAAGAUCAUAACGUGAAAGAAUUCAUUCAAAAGUGUAUAGCAAGUGUCUCGGAUCGAUUGUCUGCUAGAGAACUCUUGAUCGAUCCAUUUCUUCUACGAGAUGAAGAAAUUGAAUCUAUAGGACAGGGUUUACCACCAAGUGCUACCCAUUCAGAAUGUGGGAGUGGAGGUAUCGAUCACACCGAUUUCUUAAGAAUUGGAGGGUAUUGUUCAAGGGAUCAAACUAGAGACUUCAUUGUACAAGGUCAGAGAAAAGAUGUCAAUACAAUAUUCUUGAAGUUAAGAAUUGCGGACUCUACAGGUCAUUUUCGCAAUAUACACUUCCCUUUUGAUAUUGAAGUGGACACGGCUAUUGCUGUUGCAAGUGAAAUGGUUGAGGAGUUGGACUUAACCGAUCAAGAUGUAUCGAUGAUUUCUGAAAUGAUCGAUACAGAAAUUCGAUCACAUAUUCCAAACUGGGCAACUGAGCCAAAUGAUGAGGUUGAAGACAUCAUAGAUUCACACACCGUUGACAAUGAAAACAAGGAUGAUGAAAAUAUGGGUGAUGGUUCUCCCUUUUCUAAUGAAUCAACUUGCUCAGGUGCUCUUGCGCUGGAAAGAUUGCCUUCGGGGAGAAAAUACUGGUCUGACUCUCCUAAGGGAAUUGGACUAAACUCUCCGAAAAGAUCUGAACCAUCUCACUUAGUUGAUCAUGAAGAUUCUCACUCUAGUCAUGAACAUAAUCAUCAUGAUAGUGGUAUUGAGUCACAGGAAAUAUUGGUUGUUGGGGAAGCUGCAAAUGAUGAAAAAGAAAGUAAAGAUAAAGAUAGUGUUGGGAUUGCAACUCCAGUUGAAUUAGAUGUUAAGCUAGUGGGUGAAAAACUUAAGUAUUUCUUACAAAAGCAGCAGGAGGAAUUGGACGAACUAAAGAGAAAACAUGAAGGAGCUAUCUUAGACUUUUUAAGGGAAUUCCCUCCUGGAAUUCGUAGGGAGAUAUUGAGUACUUGUACCUUAGAACUACCUAAAUCCAGGAUUCCUAGGAGCAACAACAUGUAGGGCCGGCUAUUUGGUCUCGGACUGUUUGGUUUUACCCGAAACCGGACCGUAUAACUCGGAUCGGGACUGGACUGGGACCGGAUAGCAAACAAUACAAUCUCAUAUUCGGGCUUAGAUUUGAUGUAAAAAACCGGAUAAAGACCAGAUAAGAGACCCCCAACACCUAAAAUCAAGAUAAAAUUGGGACUGAACCGGGUCAAGACCGGAACGAAUCAAGACCGGACUGUAUCCAAUCCAAUCUUUGGUCCUUAUAUUCCCGAAAAGACCGGACUGGGACCGGAUCAAUUUGGUCCAAUUUAACCGAACCGGACCGUAUAGCCACCCCUAACAACAUGUGAGAAACUAAUUUUAGAUGUGGUCUUGUCUAGCAUUGAGCAACAACUAUAAAUGGUGGAUGUGAUUAGGCUAGCUUGGAUUUUUGGACGUGGCUUCCUCAUGAUGGAGGGGUGAUGUUGGAAAAAGGAAAAAUGAAGAUCAUAGGAUCUCUACAGCGACCACCAGGCAAAAUAUGGAGCAUUUAUGCAUAAAUUUGAUGAAAUGUACUUAAGCAACAUUAUUAGACUUAGAGUCAAUUAUGUGCAUAAAUAGAAGGAUAUGGAGGAUUUAUUGCAAUUGUCAGCUCAUGCAAAAAGUUAGGAGAAAGCAUUAACAUACGUUAGGGUAAAAGAUUGCCAAAUAUGUUUCAUCUCUUGUGAUUUUUCCCUUUUGCACAAAAGUAAAGAAAUGUUGGCUCACUGUAUAACUUGUAUAUAAGGUUCCCAAUUUUUGCUCAAUUUCUUUUUCUAUAUGAAACAUACAUUAAGGUUGGAUUAAAAUGUAUAGUUCGUUGGUUUUUGUUAAGUUUAUUUGUCAUGUCAAGUCGAAUGAAAAUGAGCGUUACCAUUUUUUGCCUUGGAGGUUUAAUCUUGACUUAAAUUGAUAUUCCAUGUAAUUUGUGACCUUGUAUAGAGCCCCUAAGCUUAGAAGUUCUGUUGGUAUAAUCAUAUGAGAAACAUCCUGCAAUUCAGAUAUCUAUAAGAUUGAUAAAUAGAGCCCCUAAGCUUAGAAGUUCUGUUGGUAUAAUCAUAUGAGAAACAUCCUGCAAUUCAGAUAUCUAUAAGAUUGAUCUUUAUCGAAUUUAUGUGAAAAAUAUGCAAAGAUCAUACAAAUUUCACAUGAAUCUCUGCUAAUCUUAUAAAUAUGGUGCAAUAAGUGUCAUCAUUUAAUUUGAUUUUUUUUUUUUUUUUUGCAAAACAUAGUGGAUAAUUGAAUCAAUAAUGGUGAUUCGUUCAACAAGAUAGUGCAAAGCCCGCCAAUUAACAUCGGCUUCAAAAAACACACUAUCUUAUUCUUGCAGGAGUAUCCCUGACCAUGCAACCCGAGAGCAUACGGGCAAUCUAUUAUUACCCGCGACUCGUUUGACCUAUUUUUGAAAAAGUAUAGGUACUCUUCUCGACUUAACCUGAACUACCCCAUUCAAGACCCAUUUUUUCUAAACUUCAUGUAAGUUUUGCCAAAUUACUUUGGAUUUUACUUGUAUUACCUUAUAGUUUGGCUAUAAUGAAGUUGUUAAUAGGUGAGAAGAUUAAUUUCUUGAAUAAUUUAUCUGAAUUUAUCAUAUUAUAGUUUGCUACUUGGUUUUUGAAUGAAAAAAGAAAAAUCCUAUUGUUUUCCUUUUAAAUUAUAUACCAAUAUGGUUCGAUAUACUAUGAAUCGCGCCUCGUGAAAAAUUACCCGACCUACCACGGGCAGGUAUGGGUGUCAAAAAACUCGCCCGAGACAUGCUCUAUUGCAAUUCCUAAACACAAAUGGUUAUGACACUAUAAAUGUGAAAUUCAUGGUUCUUCUAGUCGUACUAACGGAGAUUUAAUAGUACUUUCUAUGUGUCGUCAAUAAUAAAGAGGUCGUGUAAACAAGAAGCAAAGAAAGAAUAAACUGGGCGAGCGUGAUCCACUCUGACUUCACCUUCCAACCCGCUAGCCUUGAAUCAAUUUUAUAUAUGGAGACGACUGGUAUGCUCCAGGAGCAUAGUAUGCUCUAGAUGAUAUGACCGUUAGAUUUACAUGGAUUAGCUCCGGUCAAUCUCAACGGUCAACUCUUCUUUUCUCUUAAAUUGAACUUGGGGUUUGAGAUUAGAAAAUCGGUGCCUGGGGUUUAUCCAUUUGAGGUGAGGGUAUAGUAUCGUACCCCAAACUUGGCUUAAUUCAUGGUCUAGAUAGAGAUAUCUCACUAUGAGUACAUGGAGCAUAGUAUGCUCCAGGAGCACACGAGUCUGACCCUAUAUAUACUAGCUUAUAACCCGGGCCUUUGGCCGGAACGCUCAUAUUUGAUUAUUUGUAUUUUUAUGUUACUUUUAACUAAUUUUAGAAGUGAACAGAAAAAUGUGAUUAUUUGUAUUUUUAUGUUACUUUUAACUAAUUUUAGAAGUGAACAGAAAAAUGAUGGAUUUAUAAGGAAUUUGUGCAUGCAAGAGAAUUAGUAAGCCAAUAGAUGAAUUUAGAAGGGAUUUGUGUAAUUUUAGAAGUGAAUGAUCUUCAAAGUAUCAACUUUUCAUAUGUGAUUGAUUAGGAUAUUUAGAUUUGUUAUCCGGUAAUAUUACGGUUUUACUCCGCAACGGUACUCUUAUUUCGCCGGUACGAUUUUUUAAAAAAAAAUAUUUUAUUAUUACAAAAACGAUAUUUUACCGGUACACAACGGUAGAACCACGGUCGUACCAUAAAAUACCCUACCACAAACGAAUCCGGUAUGACAUCCGGUAAGGUUUCCUGAACCAUGCUUUUAAGUCUAUUAACCCGUUUAAUCUUAUUGAUAAUCAUUCGAUCGAGAUGAUACAUAAAAAAAUAAUAUAUAGGUCGAACAUUCGGAGAAAUAUCAUAAUCAUUUAAGAAUAUAAAAUAUAAAAAUGUAUCAUUGACCCCAUUUUCAUAAUGCUAAUAAAGUCCCUGUUAAAAU